GUGCAGGCUUGAUAGCCACCAGUAAAAUGUGGUGGAUUAAUUUAGUUUUAAUUUUAUCAGUAGAAGCUUUGUUCUCAACUUCUCCAAAAAUCAUAGGACAUAGAUAUGAUCAAAAUUUGAGUCUAUGGCAUUUAGUUAAUGGUACCGAUUUAAAAUUCCAAUGCAUAGCCACGGGCUUCCCAGAACCUAAAAUAACAUGGACAAAAGGAGGAGAUAAACAUUUUUUGUCAGUGGGCCCGAUGUUACAUUUUCCAUCCAUAACAAGAGCUGACAAUGGACAGUAUUUUUGUUCAGCUGAUAAUGGCAUAGGAAAAACUGCACAAGAUUCAGGAACAUAUAUAGAAGUUAGAAAAUACAAACCAAUGAUGAAAUAUGAUUCUAUUCCUAUUAGAACAGUUACACAGGCUGACAUAAACAAUAAUUCUGUAGAUGGAAAGAUGAAAGUCUUAGUACAUGGUUGCCCUGAACCAACUGUUACCUGGUGGAAGGAAACUGAAAAUGGUAGAAAGAGAAUAACCGAAGGAGACAAUAGUAUAGAACACGGCUUUAAUAUACACGAUGAAUUGCCCUUCUUUUGUGAACGUGAUUCUGGACACAUUUUAGAAAUGGACAGAUUUAAACAAACAGAUCUUGGAACCUAUGUCGUAAAAACGGAAAGCAGUCUUGGAAUAGUUGAGUUGAAAUUUACAAUCAGACUUGAUACUGAUUUAUAUGCAAUUUGGAAAAGUUGAAGACGAAACUGAUGACAACUG